AUGGUGUAUGACAUGUACUACAUACUGAACAUCAGUGCAGGCUUGGCAGCCCCCGAUGCAAACUUCUUCCCGAGGCUUAUCGUCUUUGCUCGAAUACAGGCCGUUGUUGAAUUCUGCUUUUACACUACACUGUUCGCCGUGAAGCUUUCAUUCUUGUUCUUUUUCAGGAGGCUUGGCCAAAGGGUUCAGGGACAACAGUAUAUUUGGUGGCCUGUUCUGUUCUUCUCUGUGGUCAGUUAUGUUGUCUCCGUUGGCGACAUCCAAUUCAUCUGCGAGCUCGGCCCGGCAGAAACUCUGGUUACGUACUGUAACACGGAUCCUGCGACGAGUUUUGCAGUGGCCACAUUGAAAGCUAACUGUGCACUCGAUGUCUUUUCAGACUUUCUGACUUAUCCAGGCGAGGAGCAGCGCGAGAAGACACAACUUCCCUGUGGCUUUGGAGUGCGAUACAGGCUCCUCUUGCUUUUCAGCCAGGGUGAUACAAAAAGACAGAAGCCUAUAUGGACGCCUACGCAUACGUACUACCAAAGACUCAGAUUACGCAUGAAAGCAACUCCCAAAGAAAGCGGCACGUCUCAGGACCGGUCGUCUAUCAUUUCAAUGCCAGCACAGUUCUCGCCUGAAUUGAACAGCAGCAGAGUUUUGAACGGGCAACACACGCAGUACACUGUUUCGUUCGAUAGUCUUGAGAUGCAGCCCGAGAGACUAGAGCAGAUCUCGCAGCCCCAUCAAGCUGAGCCGGUUAACGUGGUCAUGCCCCAACCUACUCAUCAACAAGAUAGUCUGGCUGUGUCGUCUUUUGGAGUGUGGCCUGAAAUUGGCGCGGAUCUGCCGGAGAAGAACCAAAUCACGAAGCACGUCACUUAUAGUGUUACGACUGAGCCUGCAGAGUUGCAUUGCCACGACGACCAAGGGCACGUGUGA